UGACAUAUCAUCAUCCUGUAUCAUCGUGACCUCCUACAAACUCCUGUUCACACCGUUUUAUAACAGUUCCUUUCUGCCACGUUAGCUUCCAAAAGUUGCUCCUCACUUUAGACGCCACCAGUGGAUUUCGACUUCAGUCUUGAAUCGUCCCUCCUCAUUUGCCGUUCUUAAUUCCGUUCAGUCCAUUCUUUGCCCGUUUACGUCUGUGACUUAUUAACUGUAGGUACUCAAAUCUAUAGGUUACUGUACCGUAUGUAAUAAACGCUUGCCGGUAAUUUAACUGAAACGUUUUUGCAGCAUUGUAUGUGAAAUGUUGCAUAAGUGACUACAUCUUCGUUUGCUACUGGUCUUUUGGAUAAGUACAAAUCGUCGUAGACAACAUCAUGCACUACUACCGCGUGGGAAGAUUGUUUGUAAUUGUUUUGCAACUAAUCAACACCAUCAAGAUAAUCACAGGUCAACAAUUUUCUUGUCAAGGCAGACCGUCAGGUUAUUAUGCUGAUAUAAAUACCGGAUGUCAGGUGUACCACAUGUGUGAUGGUCUUGGAAGACAGUUCAGUUAUACAUGUCCCAACGCCACUCUUUUCCAACAGAGGAUGUUGAUUUGCGACCAUUGGUACAUGGUUAAUUGUAGCAAAUCAGAAGUGGAUUACAGGGCAAAUCUAUUGAUUGGUCAAAAAGACAAACCAUUCGUUGAAGAUAGUGAAAAACAAAGAACACCCAGACCAGACCUUCUGACUAACCCAAGCGAACCCGAAUACAAUUUAUAUUCACGCAAUAGUCGAGUUCUUUCUCAAACAAAUUUAAAUAAACUUGUUGGAGUUGAUACUGAACGAAGUCAAGAAAAUGGCUCACAAAGUACCGAUAAACCGUUAUAUUUUGUGCCGAGCCAUUGGUCAACUGAGUAUACGAGAGACGUGACAACAGAACCAAAUUUAAUAACUCACGAAUCAGGUUUUAAGGGUAGAGUAAGGGAAAAGCCUAGAGGUUUCAGUAAACCUAUAGAUAUUGUGAAAAAGAGGAAAAUAACUAUAAACACAAUUGAUAAUAACAAAUUUGUAGACACAUCUACGUCAUUAAAUGCAAUAAGUCAAGACAAUAGUUUAGGAAAGAAGCCUGUUCAUUCUAAAAUAAAACCGAAUUCAAUAGUUAAUUUCCCAUCAAAUUUCGAAAACACAACACCCAAGUUCCCAACGUUUGUGGACGAGAGAAAUAAAAAAUUUGAAAUUGAAGAAACACCAAAUGGUGGAAAUAUUUCUGAUUUUAACCUAUUUUUGGCUCCCCCAAAAAGUUUACGUCAGCCAACAGGAGAGAGGACACCUGUUAAUAAUUUUAACUCACCUACAGUAAAAGUGAAAAAACAAAAUGCUCCAGAGUAUCCUUGGCAAGACUUGAGAAAAAGGUAUUUUAUUCCUGAUGUCACUUUUCCAUUGGAAAUGGUACCACGAGCAAGUUACGACAACGCAUUAAAUUCAUUUCAAGUCAAGUCGGUUCCAGUUUUUGUAACAAAUAAUAAUGACACACAAACGUAAUGAUUGGUAAGUCAUACAUUGUUUUUUAUAUAUUUUUUACAAAAUAAAUUGUCCAUUAAUCUAGUUUAGUUAGGUACGUAUUAUAUUAAUUAAAAGGCAUCUUAUGCAAUGUAAAUACAUAAGUAGUUAGACUGAAGCUUUUAAAUAAAGUUAUAUAUUGUA